AUGUUGGUAAGAAAUAGGUAUCUGGGUGAACUGCUCAAAAACUCUCGAUCGUUUAGUGUGCUGAAUUCCUCGGUACGUUCAGGUCACAACAAAUGGUCAACCAUCAAGCACGGUAAAGCCAAGAAUGAUGCGGAACGAAACAAAAUUAAUAACAAGUUUGCAAACCAGAUAGCAAUGUCAGUCAAGUUAGGCAACGGUAUUACGGAUCCGAGCAUGAAUAUAAGAUUAGCCACCAGCAUCGAGCUAGCAAAUAAAAACAAUGUCAGCAAAAAAGUUAUUGAGAACGCCAUCCGGAAAGCUUCUGGAAGCAGCGCAUCGGGCAAGGACUCAAACGCUUCUGAGCUAUGUGUAUACGAGGGAAUGGGGCCCGGCGGGGUCGCUAUAGUGGUGGAAGCGCUGACAGACAACAAGAACAGGACCAUAGGUCUGAUAAGGAGUGCAUUUAAUAAAGCUAAUGGAUCGAUGACUCCAACGUUGUUUUUCUUCGACAAAAAAGGAUACGUUACAAUGGUACCUCCGAAGAUGUUAGACACUGAGGACAAGGUGCUAGAAAGCGUACUGGAGAUUCAAGGCAUCGAAGACAUUGCGCCUGUGCAGGAAGACGCAGAAGAUUUAGAGUGUGAUACCGAAACUGAAACUACAGGCCAAACUUACGAGGCGGUGAUGGAACCUGCCGAUACCAAUAAGGUGGCCGCCCUACUGAAGGAGCGUGGUUUCCACAUCAGAGACUUGGGCAUCGGCUACAAUGCCAAGCCGGAUAUGGAAGUUUUCGUGCAAGGCGAUGAAACGCUCGAGAAACUACAGAAACUGACCACAGCGCUCGAGGACAUCGACGAAGUGACGUCGUUGUACACUAACGCUAGCAACGCUUAA